AUGUCUAAACCGCUGGAUCAUGUGAAGAGACCUAUGAACGCCUUCAUGGUGUGGUCCCGAGCCCAAAGGAGGAAAAUGGCCCAAGAGAACCCCAAGAUGCACAACUCUGAGAUAAGUAAGAGGUUGGGCGCUGAGUGGAAGUUGCUGACCGAGGCCGAGAAACGACCGUUCAUUGAUGAGGCGAAGAGGCUGCGCGCGAUGCACAUGAAGGAUCACCCAGACUACAAGUACCGGCCCCGCAGGAAACCCAAAACCCUACUCAAAAAGGACAAGUUUGCCUUCCCAAUGCCCUAUAGUUUGACAGGGGACCAUGAUGGGCUGAAGGCUGUUAGUUUACAUGGGGCUGGGGUCCUCACUGACGCCUUGCUGUGUCACCCAGAAAAAGCGGCAGCCGCUGCGGCUGCGGCAGCAGCUCGGGUGUUCUUUCAGCCGUCUGCGGCAGCCGCAGCGGCCGCAGCUGCAGCAGCCUCCGGCAGUUCAACUAAUCCUUAUUCUCUGUUUGAUUUGAGCUCUAAAAUGGCAGAGAUGACACAUUCAUCCUCAUCUAUUCCUUAUACCUCGUCCAUUGGAUACCCUCAAUCAAGUGGCGGCGCUUUUGCUGGGGUUACAGGUGGGGGUCACACACACUCUCACCCCUCUCCUGGGAACCCUGGUUAUAUGAUCCCAUGUAACUGUACAGGAUGGCCCAGUCCAGGCCUGCAGCCCCCAUUAGCCUAUAUUCUCUUCCCAGGCAUGGGCAAACCUCAGCUGGAGCCUUACCCUGCAGCAGCCUAUGCGGCAGCAUUAUGA